AGUAAGUUCUUCGAAGUUGUUUGAGUAGAAACAAUCAGUUACGAUGGCGUCAUCAUUGAGAAUCCUUUUCUCCUUUGUCGUGGCACUGUUCGUCACCAGUGCAUUUGCCCAGCUGGACCAGCAAACAUACGAUGAGAUGGCCUAUUUGGCCAAACAUGCGUCUGCCGCCUAUAAAGAGGAUUGCCGGAGUCCGGUGGGAACAACAAAACUUGCGCAGUACGAAAAUGGCGCUAAAGGGUAUAUCGCCGUGGAUCAACAGAGGAAAUGGAUCAUAGUGGCAUUCCGAGGAACAAAUGGUGCGCAAGACUUGAUAACCGAUUUGGACAACGCUCUCGUUCCGUAUACAGUCCAGGGCUCCAAAGGCUGUCAAGGCUGCAAGGUCCAUUCCGGCUUCCAGAAAGCAUGGGCCAAGAAUGUCAAUGCGGUCAUAAGUGAUCUCAAGAUCGUGAAAAAGGAAUAUCCAGAGCAUCGCAUCAUGAUCACUGGCCAUAGUCUCGGCGGAGGAUUGAGCGCCCUCUGCGGUAUUACCAUCGCCCAAGAAUUUGGCAUUGGGAAAGUCACCGCGUACGGCUUUGCGGCCCCUCGCGUGGGCGACAAGAACUUCGCGGCACACCAGGAGGCCGCAUUCCCGGGUAAAACGUUCCAUCGUGUCACAUCCAUGGACGACGGCGUCCCUCAGGAUCUGAAGGUCUCCGAGGGGUACUACCAUGGAGGGACUGAGUAUUGGAUUCAGAAGGAGCCGAAUCCGAGUAUCAAUGACAUCAAAGUCUGCAACGGGUCCGAGGAUCCGACAUGCAAUGCGAAGGCGGCGGCAAAUGUCCGCAUUCCUAUGGGAAUCAACCAGGCUCACUUCACAUACUUCGUUCAAAUGGGUUCUUCAACGCAGUGCUAGAAUCUUCCCGAUGUUGCGUUGGCGAUGGUCCUAGUCAAGUCGAAGGACAUCAUGCAUCAUACCAUGAGCGUAAUCUUGCUGGAAUUAAACCUGUUAAUCUCAAUCUUCGGUUAGAAUACAUGAGUGUUACUAUGCAGGACAAACCGUCU